AGUUAAAGGAGGACAGGCUACAAUGACCAAGAGCCAACAGAACUGACUCGGAUCGCUGAACAGACUGAACCACCAGAGGGACUAAGCAGUCAGGGCCGCCUGCCAUGAUGGAUGACCUUGCUGAACUAUGACGGUGUUGAUGGGUGUAGGGUGAAGUUUCCCCUUGAUGCUGAUCUUUGCCUCUCUCGCUCCUGGGUUUGGCUGGUCCUCUUUCUGGUUGUGGUGUACAGCUGGCCCUGAUGUCGAGGAGAGAGGCAGCAGCACUUUUCUCUAUGUGAUUCUGUUUCCAGCUCUACAGCGUUGGAUCUGCAGUUCGACAGUCUGAUCGGACUCCUACUCCUCUACACCUCAGGGAUCCUCAGGUUUCUCCUCCACUUUAUUACAGUCUGUUGCGAUAUUUGCUGUACCCGUAGAUCGAUGGACAGAUGCUCUUUCUAGAAUCAUUGUUGUAUCUUUAUCAAGAUUAAGGACCUCGUAUUGGAGACAGGCUGGUGAAUGGUUGUCAACAAACAAGCAGAGAGGUCAAAAUGGAACCAAUUAGGAAAGACAUGGAGCUGCUAAGUAACAGCAUGGCUACCUAUGCUCACAUCAAAGCUAACCCAGAGAGCUUUGCUCUGUACUUCAUGAUGGGUGUGUGUUUUGGCCUGCUCCUGGCCCUGUGCCUCCUGGUCACCGGCAUCACCUGUAGGACCCGCCGUACCAAUAAGCCUCCCCCCUCCCCAGAGAGGAGACAACUGAAGGAGUCCAGUGAAGAAGAGGAGGAUGAGGAGAGUGUGGAUGUGGAAGAAGGGGAGGAGGCAGAGAUCCCUAAAGUGACGGUUGCGCCCAUGAGCGACCGCAACAGCCAAUUGAACGGUACUUUGAGGAGCGUGAAUGUGUUUGCGUCGGCGGAGGAGCUGGAGAGGGCGAGACGACUGGAGGACAGGGAACGCAUCGUCAGGGAGAUCUGGAGGAACGGACAGCCAGAUAUACUGUCCACUGGAACAGGGACCAUCGGACGGAUACACUACCACUAAUGGACUAAGGUGACUUAAGGACCUAAAACACAUGGUCUGAACCCUGAACUAAUUAGGGUUGAUCUACUCCAGACAGACACUGUAGCUGACUGUAUUAGGCUGACACAGAUUCACCUUCAUCUUUUCAUUCAAUGAUUUUAUUUUUUUGUCCAAACUAAUUUCAUUGUCAUUCAUGUACUGGCCUAUGACAAAAGUGUGUUGCACAAUACAAUGUACGCUUUAACAUGUAAUUAUUCAAUUAGUAUUCAGAUACAUAGAAUGUCAUAACCACUGCUCCCAAUCGACACACAUAAUAAGUAACAUGAAAAAUACCCCACAAUGUUUUACAAUGCAGACAGCUUGAAGAACCAACCACCAACAUUGCUGCCUCUUCGUGUAUAAUGUCAACAUUUGCUUAUGGACUCUUCUAUGGUUGUAAUGCUGCUCCCACACAGUCAGUUCCAAGCUCCAACCCUUCAGGCUAAUCUUAGCUGGCUGAAAGUCUUCCCACAGAAUCCUCCCAGCCUGUAACCCAGCGUUUAGCCACCACUCUGACCCCAUCACUUCCUGUGUUACAGCAGCAGGCAACACUCCCCUCAAGGGAAGAUUGUUGAGGACUUAUGAAAAGGCCACAGAUACCAGUUCUGCAUUUCAAAUGGAACCUCAUUCCCCGCCUCUUUCACAGGUUGGUGGCACCGUAAUUUGGGAGGACAAGGGCUCAUGGUGAUGGCUGGAGCGGAAUCGGUGGAAUGGGAUCAAACACAUGGUUUCUAUGUGUUUGAUGCUAUUCCAUGAGACAUUGUUAUGAGAUGUCCUCCCCAUCACCAGCCUCCACUGACUACUAUAUAUGGAUUAAAGUACCAUUUGGGACUCAUCCCUUUAAUACCGCUAGUGACUCUAGUCUUUGACUUGAGAGGUUAUGUAACUUCAGUCUGCACAAAGUCACAUAUUGAGCAUGUGCUCAUUGCCAAAUGCUUUAUUUGAAAUUGGCCCGAUAAAGACUAUUUCAGUCCACCGCUAAAUUCCUACAGUCCUAAGCAGACUUUUCUUUGGCCUUUGGUUAGGAAUGAUGCAAAAUAUCCUGUUGAGUCCAAAGGACUUCAGAUACUAUAGCUUUGAAUGUGUACAACUUAAAGGGUUAGUUCAGCAUUUUGGCAAUGAAGCUCUUCAAUAUCCCCCUUCCGCCUUUAUUUCCUUCCCCAGAGUCAGAUGAACUUGUCGAUACCAUGUUUAUGUCUCUGCGUACAGUGUGAAGUUGCUAACCAGUGUUAGUGCAAUGACUGGAAGUCUAUGUAAGUCAGUAUAACAGAUUGUGAAAUAAACAAAUUGCUUAUUGGA